AUGCCUCCCACUCAAGCAGAAAGUGUUAUAAAGAAUAUUAUACGUGAAAUAGGACAAGAAUGUGCAGCGCAUGGAGAGAUUGCUUCUGAAACAGUGGUUGCUUUUAUGGUGAAAGCUGUUGUCCUGGAUCCAAGCAAUGGCUUUAAUAUGGAUAGGACCCUCAUCAAAAAUGACGUGCAGAAGCUUGUUAAGCUUUGUGUGGCUCGACUAUUGGACAGUAAAAAUCCAUCUCUGGACACCAUUAAGAUGCAGGUCUACUUUGAUAUGAAUUACACAACUCGAGAGGACUUUCUUGAGGAACAUCAUCGGGUCUUGGAGUCCAGAUUAAGUGCCUUUAGCAGAGAAAUUACAGACAGCAGAGCGUGCACUAGAGAAGAACUGGAAAAUCUGUACAGAAAGAUCGUCAGCUAUGUGUUACUGCGGUCUGGGCUUGGAUCCCCCACGGACAUCACGAUCGUCAGAGAGGCAACAGCUGCUCUGCAGAGUGUUUUUCCUCAGGCAGAGAUGGGGACGUUUCUGACUCUUAAUAAAAAGGACAAAGAACGCCAGCUGAAGGAGCUCACCAUGAUUGUUACUGGAAUUCGGUUAUUUAACAGAGACUGCGGGAAAGGAGGAGAAGGCAUUGAUGAUUUGCCAAGUAUUCUCCAUGAAGCAAUCCCAACCACCACACAGCAUAUUGAUGCCCAGCUUCAGAUUGCCCAAGACCAGGCAUUUAGCUACACAGCCAUCCUUGAGAAAGUAACCAAGAACCCACUCUUGACCAAGGAUCUCGAGCCGUAUAUGUUAAAGGAAGCAUUGUAUAAUAUUCGACAGUAUGAGAUCUUCCUUCAGACUGUUUUGUCAGAUAUAAUUACUUGUGCUCAAGAAGUGGAAAUGAUGAUAAAACAAUUAGCAGCUCAACUGGAACAGUUAAAAUUAAUAGUAAAAUCAAAGACAGCUGUCCCAACAUCACAAGUCUUUCCUAUAUUCAUUGCGCUGGCAAGUCUGUGGAUGAGCUUUCAGGAUGAGACGGUGUUGAUUAGUGUUCUCAGUAAUUUGACCACUAACCUGGAGCUCUUCCUGGGCACUCAUGAGCUUCUAUUUCCGGAGAAAGUGAUCCAAGAUCUUCUUGACGAUGUCAUUGUGAAAAGUGACAUGGUUAGAAUCAAGGAGCACAUGGAAGAAAGAGUACAUUUGCCAGAUUUCAGAAAAAUGGAAUGGCUUUUUCCAGAAACAACAGCAAAUUUUGAUAAACUGUUAAUUCAGUACCGUGGGUUUUGUGGCUACACGUUUGCUUCAACAGAUGGUCUUCUUCUCCCAGGAAAUCCAGCCAUUGGAAUUUUGAAACAUAAAGAAAAAUAUUACACUUUUAACACCAGAGAUGCGGCAUGUUCAUUCGCAGAAAACCCUGAACAUUAUAUUAACUUGAUUAAAGAAAAAGCCAAGAAGAAUGCAGAACUAAUCCAGCUACUAGAACUUCAUCAACAGUUUGAAACUCUCAUACCAUAUGCUCAGAUGAGAGAUGUUGACAAGCAUUAUAUAAAACCAAUUAUGAAAUGUGAAAAUAGCACACAGACAGAUACACACUUACUGCCACCAACUACCGUGAGAUCCUACGAGUGGAAUGAAUGGGAAUUAAGAAGAAAAGCCAUAAAACUGGCUAAUUUGCGCCAGAAAAUUACUCACUCCGUACAAACUGACCUUAGUCACAUGAGAAGAGAUAACAGCUCACAGGUGUACCCUUUGAAAGAUGUUAGCACCCAGUCCAAGAGAGAAGGCAGCUCUCGGGUGCCCAGGCCCCAGAUUUUCAUAGCUGGUCUUCGUGGGGGACAAAGCCAAACAACCCAUGGGGUAAAGGUAAACUUAACCAGAGCAGUGGACGAAACCUAGAGAUGGAAUUUUAAAGGAAGCUGCUCCUGAAUAGGAAGUAUGAGAAAGCGUCCAAAGUACUGCGUGUUUACAUAGUUAAUGUUGUGGCCAUGACACAGGUGUUGCUCAUG